AACGACCGCGCCAUCACCAUCACCACCUCCGCGCUCAGGAACACGCCCUUGACACACGCUUCACAAAUCGAGAAACACAUCGCGAUCGUCUCCGCCAUCGCCCAUCAUGGCGAACUAUCUCGCCUCCAUCUUCGGCACAGAACAAGACAAAGUCAACUGCAGUUUCUACUACAAAAUCGGCGCCUGCCGCCACGGCGACCGCUGCUCGCGCAAACACGUCAAACCCAGCUACUCGCAAACGAUCCUCCUCCCCAACCUCUACCAAAACCCCGCCUACGACAACAAAUCGCGCAUGAACCCGCAGCAACUCCAAAACCACUUCGAUGCCUUCUACGAAGAUUUCUGGUGCGAGAUGUGCAAAUACGGCGAAAUCGAAGAGGUGGUAGUCUGCGAUAACAAUAAUGAUCAUUUGAUCGGGAAUGUGUAUGCGCGGUUCAAGUAUGAGGAUUCGGCGCAGAAGGCUUGCGAUGCGUUGAAUAGUCGGUGGUAUGCGGCGAGGCCGAUUUAUUGCGAAUUGAGUCCUGUGACGGAUUUUAGGGAGGCUUGUUGUAGGCUCAAUUCGGGAGAGGGGUGUGUGAGAGGGGGGUUUUGCAAUUUCAUUCAUCGGAAGGAGCCGAGUCCGGAGUUGGAGAGGGAGCUGGAGUUGGCGACGAAGAAGUGGUUGAGGGAGAGGGGUAGGGAUGAGAGGUCUGUUACGAGGAGUCCAUCGCCGGAGCCAUCGAGGCCGAGAUAUUAGGUGGCUACAGAGGAGUUGGCGGAAAUCUGAAGGAGAAGAGCAGCCUGCAGCGGCGUCGGCGGAGCUGGAGGAGAGGAGCGAGCAUGAGGAGCAUUACAGCUGCCUGAGAUCCGCACAUUGAGACCGCGCCAGGUCUUCGCUUGGGCGCAUUCUGGUGGCGCAUACGAAGUCCUGACGAGACCGCCUCUGCGGCUCAGUCAUCUCGUGCCACAACGUGAGGGCACGAUAUCAGAGAGACUUCCAGAGCGAUUGACCUCAAGGGAGACAGGCCAUCGCACUACCGAACAUGCAAUAUGAGACUGCAUGCAGGAUGUAACAUAGGCAUUCACUGUAGACUAUCCAAAAGAAUUGAGCGAAAAUAA